GAAGAGUAUUUUGAUUCGUACCCGGUUGUAAAAAUUAUUCGUGCCAAAGAACGUCUCGGAUUAAUCCGUGCACGAAUGAUUGGGGCCAAAAGGGCUUCCUCAGAUAUUAUUACCUUCUUGGAUGCGCAUGUAGAGUGUACGGAAGGUUGGCUUGAGCCCCUACUCGAGGUGGUUGUCCGUAACUCGACGCAUAUAGCUCUUCCAACGAUUGAUCGCAUCAACGAGCGGGACAUGAGUCUGCAAACAAACAUCUCGCUACUAAUUGCAGGUGCCUUCGAAUGGGAUCUUAAUUUCGGGUGGUGUGAAAGGAAACAACUUUACCGGAAGUACGCUCAUCCAUUUGAACCAUUCGAUACACCUGCCAUGGCGGGAGGACUGUUCACCAUCAAUAGAACGUUCUUCGAGCGAAUGGGUUGGUACGAUGAGGAGUACAUCAUAUACGGCAUGGAGAACAUCGAGCUGUCGAUUAAGAGUUGGAUAUGUGGAGGAAAACUAAUAACUGUGCCUUGCUCCAGAGUAGGACAUGUACAAAAGCACGCCCAUCCUUAUCUGUUCGAUGUGAAGAUGGACUUGGCAUUUCAUAACUCGGCCCGUUUGGCCGAGGUGUGGAUGGAUGAGUAUAAGCAGGUCGUGUUUGACGUGAACGGAUUGCCACGUUAUUCCGAAGCGCUGUUCGGAUCGGUUGCGAGACGGAAGCGCAUAAGGAAACGUGCCAAAUGUAAACCAUUCCGCUAUUACCUGAAGCAUGCGUUCCCGGAGCUUCACAAUCCUUCGAUCAAUGGCCAGUUUCGUGGAGAAGUACGAAAUGUAGCCUUGGGUGUUUGGUCUUGUCUCACGGUGGAUAAAACGGGCACCAUUCCAUACAUGGCGACUUGCAAUGGACUCGAAACGACACAGUACUGGAGCCAUAGCUACUAUCAGGACAUCAAUUCUUACAAAGCAUGUCUCGAUUUUAAUGGAACCACCCUUACCACUACGAUUUGCCACCGACAUCGGGGCAAUCAAAGUUGGAUGUAUUUGAUUGAAACGAAACAAAUUUGGAGCAUGGCAUAUAACAGAUGCUUAUCGCUAAGCCAAAAUGCUAAUUCCACGUUAACAUUGGAAACAUGUGACGGCUCAAUAAAGCAGCAAAAAUGGUUGGUUAAUCUUGUGACGUACAGUUUCGUAGAGUGACUGACUUUGAA